CGAGGACUGCUUGAGACAGCUGGCUACAUUUCUGAUCCUGCCUGUGAAAAAAUGUACAGGCCUUUUAAAGACUGGUGUGGUGUGUGACUGUGUUGCCCCCUUUGAGAUCAACAUCACUUCCAAGGGCACAGCAACGAGUGUCGAAUGGAUCUGUCCCAAUGGACACAGCUUGUGGAGGUGGAAUUCCCAGCCUGUAAUGAAGUGUGGGACGCAAGCUGGAGAUUUUCUCUUGUCCACCAACAUUUUGUUGUCUGGCAACGACUAUGCGAAGGUCGCCCUCUUGUUCAAGUUCAUGAACAUGGGGAUGGUGAAGAAGAACACCUUCGUGUCCAUUCAGGACGCUUACUGUGUGGACACAGUGAAGAGCUUCUGGGAAGAGAGGAGGACUGAGGCCCUCAGUGGCCUUCAGGGGAAAGAUGUUGUGGUCCUAGCGGACGGCAGAAAUGACUCACCAGGCCAUCGUGCACAUUACUGCAGCUAUGCCACCAUGGAGAAUGACACUAAGGAGAUCAUUCAUGUUGCCACCAUCAACAAGCAGCAGACAUCCUGCAACUCUGUCGUCAUGGAGAAGGAGGGUUUUAUCGAGACUAUGGACAAGCUUACAUCAGAGAUAAAUCAAGAGGAGAUCUGCACAGGUGCUAAUGCCCAGAUCACAGCCCCUAUGAACCCAGAUGAAGGCAGAUACAAGGAUCUUGGAAGUCAUCACAGUCUGGACAUGUGGCAUGGUGCCAAGAACCUGGUCAAAAAAACAGCUGCUGCACCUUGGGUUGACAUCAUUCACUAUGUCUGUGACAGUCAUACAUCAACUAAUGGCAGGUGUCAACAUGGGCACUUGGAAGAAGCACGUGGAAAGGCGUGGAUCCAGAAAGACUCCAGAUCAGCUGCAGACCUAGAGGCUUUCCAGAAUCAUAUAUUGAUGUAUAUCAGCAAGCGAUCCACCUUCACUCCCGCAGUUUAUGAGGCAAGAGUUCUGCUUGCUGCUCUGGACUAUAACUUCCACCGGAACCGACCAACAAUGAAAACAGCAGAAGGCAAAGAGAUUUUCAGAAGGCUGCACAAGACAAACCGCAGUAGACAAAGGUUAUAUGCCCUGAAAUCUGAAAAAACCUAUGCAUACAUCCCUGAGCUGCAAGCAAGGAUUGUAAAGAGGAGAAUCACAAGUGGAGUGGGGAUGCCUAGAAGGAAGACAGUGUUGCCUGCAGAUGUCCAGCAGCUGUUGGUGAUUAAAGAAGAGACUCCCACUGAGUGGAGCCCCAGUCUGGACCAGGAGGACCCAGAGCUCCUACACAUAAAAGAAGAACAGGAGGAACUCUGGACCAGUCAGGAGGGAGAGCAGCUUAAUGGGCUGGAGGAGGCUGAUAUCACCAGGUUCCCAUUCACUGCUGUUACUGUGAAGAGUGAAGAUGAGGAAGAGAAACCUCAGUCCCCACAGCUUCAUCAAAGCCAAACUGAGGACAACAGAGAGGCAGAGCCUUCAGCCAGCAGCUCAGCUACGCAGAUAAAAACAGAAACUGAUGGAGGAUCAGAACCUGCUGGGAACCUUGAUCCAGAUAGUCAUUUACAACCAGAUACUGAUGAAAAAGCUUCAAACACUGAAGUCAGUGAUAAUGACUGGCAAGAACCUUUGUCAGAAUCUGAAGCUGAAACUGAAGACAGUGACAAUGGUUGGAAGGAGACCAGAGCACCUGAGUCAGGUGUAAAUGCUCUGAAAUAUAAGGAAGCUCCUGUAAGUGAUGCAGGAUGUAAUGCUGGGAAAAGAUACUUUAGCUGCUUUGAAUGUGGUAAACAAUAUCACCACAAGGGGUCUCUUCGGAGACACAUGACAUCUCAUUCUGGAGAAAAGUCCUCCAGCCGUCUGGAUAAUAAAAAAUGUUUCAGAGUGAAGCGAAAUGUAGAAUUAGAGAUGAGAGUCCAGACAGAAGAGAAACCAUUAUGCUGUGAUGUUUGUGGGAAGAGAUUUAAUAGGAUGUCAACUCUUAAACUGCACAUGAGAGUCCACACAGGAGAGAAAGAAUUUGGCUGUGAUGUUUGUGGGAAGAGAUUUACAGAUCAGGGAACUCUGAAGAGACACAUGAGAGUCCACACAGGAGAGAAACCAUUUGGCUGUGAUGUUUGUGGUAAAAGGUUCAACCAGCAUCCACAUCUUGUUAGACACAUCAGAAUCCACACAGGAGAGAAACCAUUUAGCUGUGAUGAUUGUGGGGCGAGAUUUACAGAUCAGGGAAAUCUCAAGAAACACACGAGAGUCCACACAGGAGAGAAACCAUUUAGCUGUGAUGAUUGUGGGGCGAGAUUUACAGAUCACGGAAAUCUCAAGAAACACAUGAGAGUCCACACAGGGGAAAAAUCAUUUGGUUGUGAUGUUUGUGGGACAAGAUUUACAGAACAGUCAACUCUCACAAAACACAUGAUAGUCCACACACGAGAGAAACCAUUUAGCUGUGAUGUUUGUGGGAUGAGAUUUGCAGAUCAGGAAAAUCUCAAGAAACACACAAGAGUCCACACAUGAGAAACCAUUUGGCCGUGCUGUUUGUGGUAAAAGAUGUAAAAACAGCAUCCACAUCUUAAGAGAAACAUGAGCAGUGUUUCCCACACGUAGACUUUACUUUGCCGCGCCACCCCGGUAUUUUUGGUGACCUAUUUUAGCAUUUUGCAGAGAAAUACAGGUAGAGUUCUUGUCUAUUACGCUACAAGACAUGGAAACGCUGGAUAGUUUAGAAGCCACACUGAACACACCAGUGCAGAUGUCAUUUGUUAGCUACCAGGUCGGUUUUGUUUUAUAGCCUACGUCAUUAACAAGCCUCCUCCACAUGCGGCGCACCUGCUGCUGUAAACUGAAUUGCAGGUGGAAAAUCCAGUAGACGAGUUCUGUGUCUUUUUGACGACUACAAAUUGUCCUGCUGAUGGAGAAAGUCAACAGAGCAGACACAUACAUGGGGAGAUUCACAGAAAGAGGUGGGGCAGACAACUUUGUUUGAUGAGAAUUUGAGAGUUUUGUGCAUACACCGACUGACGCCUCCUGAUAUGUAUAAAGACGAACGUUGUAUUUUUUAAGGAUAUGUUUCAUAGUGGACGGGCUGAAAAUUGUGUCCUCUUACAUUUAAUCUUUUAUGUAUGUAAAUUUAAAUUUUAUUAUUAUUAUUAUUACAAAUAUUAUUACUAUUAUUGUUAUGUCUUAUAGAUAUAUAUGUAUUGUGUUUUUAUCCUUAACCAUUCCGUCUUCUAUAUUCCCUAUGUUAGUCUGUCCACAUUUACUGUGGUUUAGGUCAGAGCUGUGAGAGUCUUUUGGUCUCUAGACCAGCUGUAUAUGUGUUUUAGUACUUCUCUGUUUAUUCUUUUUUAUUAAUAAAUUCUUCAAAGACUCAACUAAAAAAAUUACUAAAUUAUUUGCUUAAUCCAUCACCAGCAAGAUACAGUUUCCCCAACACAGACCAAGUGGUCUAGUCAUUUGAAAAUACUAGAUUGUAUUUUUACAAAGUGUAAGGGAGGAAGGGGAGACCCUUUCAUUGCAAUUUGAUUGCAUAAAACCCACCUCUUACUGACUUUUGCGGAGCUUGACUGCUUGCUUUUUCCUGUUCCCCAGCACCACGGCGUGUUGAUGUUACUUCUCUGUUUUGUUUAAGUUAACCUGGCACUAUGUUUUGCCAGCCACAUUUGUUAAGCUUUAAAAUUAUUUGUUAUAUUCGUUAAAGUAUAUAUAUAAAGUAUAUUACCUUUGUUAAUAAACAUCCUUUCAUGGUAA